AUGCAAGAGCAGCGAUAUGAAGAUGAGAGCACCAGCGACUCCGUGAUGACUGCAAACAGUAAAGAGAUGAGUAGUCCAAGAACAGCACGACAACAAAACAAGGGAUCAGGUGGACGAGCAGUUGAAGGCAACAAGAAGAAGGAAAUCGAACACGCACUGGCUUGGCUUUAUACCAGAGACCAAACCAUCAAGGAUGCCAAGUACUUUCAGAAAUUGAACACACUGAUUCCUGUGGAUGUUCACAAUACCUAUGAAGAUCGAGCACAGGACCUCGUCGAGACAUUGACAUGGAUGAGAAGCAGACGAAGGGAACGCAAGGAUGCAAUCGACCAAUCAAGCCGUUCCACAUCGACAAACUAA